AUGGACGCCAAGGAUAACGAAUUCGUCGCCACGUCCACCAAGGCGAGCGCGUACGAACUCUCCACUGAUAAAAGGCUCGUCGUCGAUCUCAUCGAGGUGUACGUCGCCGCAGCGAUCGGCGCGUUCGUCUUUGUCCACGUGUUGGGUCACCCGCCCUUUGGCGGGGUGGUUAUCGCGGGGAUGUGCGUAGGUCCGAGCGGGUUGGACGUCGUGGGAGAAUUGGUGCAGGUGACGACGCUCGCGCAGCUGGGGGUGCUGCUGCCGCUGUUCGCGAGGGGCGCGGAGCUCGCGACCGCGGCGAGGGAACGCCGGUCUCUGAACGCGCCAUCCUCGGCACCCGGGUCGGCACCCGGGUUGGCACCCUCCUCGGCACCCUCGGCACCCAAGGCUACUCGGUUGAAGACGUUCGCGGAUGCGUUUGGCGCCUUUGGCGUCGCGUGCGUCUGCGCCUUUUGUUCGCCUCUGUUCGGGACGACGCCGGCGGUUGGCGCGUGCGUCGGUUCAGUGCUCGCGUUCUCGUCGACGGAGACGAUGCGAUGGGGACGCGAACGGCCGGCGCGUCGGGGGGGGAGGAGGAGGCUUCCUAAUUCGCGGGGACGGGGCUUCCUUCGUACUGGAGGGGGAGGCGAAGCCGCGGCGAAAAACGCGUUCGACCCGGCCGCCGCCGGCGACCUCUACGCCCGCGCGAUGCGCGCCCACGACGACGCCGACGACGCCGACGACGUUGACGAUGGCAACCUCUUCGCCCGGGCGAUACCCCCCGCGGUCUCGUCUCGCCUCGCGCUUCACGACUGGUCGCUCGGACCGACUUUCGUCCUCGUCCACGCCGUCGCCGGAGCUCGCACCGCGUCCGACGUUUUAUUCAACACCGUGGCGUUCAAGCUCCGGUCCACGGCGCUCGCGGUCGCCGUAACGGUCGCCGUAACGGUCGCGGCGUCGCCCGCGUGUAAGCGAUUGAUGGCUCGUCCCUUUCGGGGCGCGGCCGGGACGGAGCUGGCGCACAUGGCGACGGUGUCCGCCGCGCUGACGGCUAGUUUUUUAUCGCACCGGUUGGAGUUGGGGAUGGAGGCUGGCGCGUUCGUGGGGGGCGUCGCGGCGGGCGCAGCCUUCGGGCCGUGGGAGGGGCACGGCGGGCACGGUGGACUCGGCGGGCACGGUGCCGAGGGUGCCGAGGGUGCCGAGGGUGCCGAGGAGAAGGCUCGAACCAAAUCAGUCGCCGACGCCGUGGACCCGGUUCGAAGGAUGUUCGAGACCCUUCAGCUAAUCUCCGUCGGGAUCUUGUGUCGACCGGAGUAUCUCUGGGGCAACUUGAGCGUCGUAACGCUCGCCCUCGCAUGCCUCGUGCUUCUCAAGACGUUCGUCGGCGGGUGCGUCAUGGGCGUCUUUGACGGAUGCCCGCGAGACGCGGCGGCGGCGAUGGCGGGCAUCGUCGGCGUCGCGGGUGAUUUUUCAUUCGCGAUUAUAAUUCGAGCGCACCAGCUGGGGGCUUUGGGUAAGGAGACGUUCAGGGUGUUGAUGGCGACGUGCGUGGCGAGCGUGAUGAUGGCGCCGUGGCUGAAUUACGGGUUGGUGCCGUGGUUGGCGCGCGGCGGGAGGCGGCGGCGGCGUAGGUUCUAA